CUGCACUAGCAUUCGUACGCCUCGUAGUAUAUACCAAAUCCCUACUGUUCUUUAGACAAGGACCUGUACUAAUUGUUAACUUGACCAGGACCGAUACUCGAAAACUUACCUAAACAUUAAUCAAAAUGGCACCAUCUGCUGUCGAUGUCGUAGAACCUACCACCCUUCCUCACAAGGGAGGCAUCCCCGUUGGCAAUGGCAAACUCCACACCGGUGGAGCUGUUCAGGCCCUUGACAGGAAGUGGAAGGAGUUCUCUUUCGAACCCAUCAGGGAGUCGCAGGUCGCUCGUGCUAUGUAUCGUCGAUACUUCAAAGACCUCGACACUUACGCCGAAUCUGACAUUGUCAUCGUCGGCGCCGGCUCAUGCGGUCUUAGCACGGCUUAUACUCUUGCCAAGGCUCGCCCUGACCUGAAGAUUGCGAUUAUUGAGGCUAGCGUCUCUCCUGGUGGUGGUGCUUGGCUUGGAGGCCAGCUUUUCAGUGCUAUGGUUAUGCGCAAGCCAGCUGAUAAGUUCUUGACCGACCUCGGUGUGCCAUUCGAGGACGAGGGAGCUUACGUCGUGGUCAAGCACGCUGCCCUCUUCACAUCAACCCUGUUGUCGAAAGUUUUGGCUUUCCCUAACGUCAAGCUUUUCAACGCCACCGCUGUCGAGGAUCUCAUCACCCGUCGUGACGAGUCUGGCAAUAUCCGAAUUGCUGGUGUUGUCACUAACUGGACCCUUGUCUCAAUGCACCAUGACGACCAGUCCUGCAUGGACCCUAGCACCAUCAACGCGCCUGUCAUUAUCAGCACCACUGGUCACGAUGGGCCGUUCGGUGCUUUCAGCGUCAAGCGACUAGUCAGCAUGCAAGCUAUCGAGAAGCUCGGCGGCAUGCGCGGCCUAGAUAUGAACACUGCUGAAGACGCCAUCGUCAAGGGCACCCGAGAAAUCGUGCCCGGCUUGAUUGUAGGCGGUAUGGAGCUCAGCGAGGUUGACGGAGCCAACCGUAUGGGUCCCACCUUUGGUGCCAUGGCUCUAUCUGGCGUGAAAGCGGCAGAGGAGGCUUUGAAGGUGUUUGAGCAGCGCCAGAAGGAGAAUGCAUUCUAAACUGAGACUCUACCGGUAAUAAGACGGUAGACGCGAGGGGGUUCAUGCGCACCCGAUGGAUUAUGGCUGUUGCUCUGGAGGUACAGAUCUUUCUCUAGAUAGGAACGAGCAUACAUGACUCGCAGAAUACAUUCAUUAAGAUGUGCCUUAAGUUCCAAGUUUUUAGUGCAUGCUUGUCUUAGGUUUGACAUGAUAAUACCUACCUAAGGUAUGUAUCCAUCAU